AGCCUGCACUCAAGAUAUUUGAACCACUUGUAAAGUUCCCAAGUAACGACGACCUAAGAACAGUUGUAUCGCAAGAUACAAAGUUUACGCGCAAGUCAACUCAAUGCGAAUGAGCUCAACAUCUUGGUUUUCCAUCUCGUGAACCAACCAUGACACAGGAAGAGAAAUGGUAAUCAGUUAAGAAGAGCGGAGCUUGAGCCCUACCCAAGAAAGUGUCACGUGUUUUAUUCGGCGCGCAUUCCCCCGCAGAAAGGCGAACAAGCGUACACUCCGAGUGGAGGGAGACAAGGAGCACUCUCAUUGCUAACGGAACUGCACAAAAGGGCAGGAAACCAAAAACCUUACGGAGAAAAAAAGAAGCGUCGAGCCACUCAAAAAGGUUUGAAAACAAGUUGUUGAUUUUGCAGGAGGGACAUAGCCGAAGAGAUCCGGUCAAGGGACGCGUUGUAGCGCCUUUGUGCAAGGAGGAGAAAGUUUUGUAAUCUGCAACCGACUCCAGCAAGAGAACAACCAACGAUUGUGAUACGCAUUGGAGAUAAACAUGGUACUAGCAGGGAGGACAAGUCUUGGAUUUACGCUUUUACUUGUGUUUAUAACUGGCAAUCAAGGACAAAGACAAGCUCCAACAGUCACACUGACUCCUAAAGACUUUGCAGGCGUCACACGAGGAUUUGUAUAUAUGAUAUGUAACGUUACUGGCAGCCCGAUGCCGACGUUAACGUGGUAUAAGAAUGGGAGUGUAAUCAGGAACUCUCGAAUCCAGAUAUUUACAAUGCCUUACGGGGGGCUUAUACGUAUUGGACCUCUCAGGGCAAAGAUACAUAAGGCUACCUAUGAAUGCGAGGCAGAUAAUGGAGUGGGACCACCACUACGGGACUCUUCGACUUUAAUCGUUCACACAGCGAGUACGAAACCCGCAGGGUUCCCACGUAUUGCCAAACACCCUUCGUUCAAGCAGAGAAGGAGUGGGGAUGAUGUGACAUUCACGUGCGCAGCAGUAGGAACUCCAACGCCCAAUAUCACGUGGUUUAAGGAUAGAUUACCCAUCGUUCUUAACGACCCUCGUGUCUCGGUUCUGUCGGACGGGAGAAAGCUGCGCAUUACUGACCUGCGCGAGUCUGAUAAUGGAAAAUACUCCUGUGUGGCGAGGAACGCCUUGGGAAUGGUGUUCUCAAGUCAAGCCAUGCCUGCUAGGCUCUUUAUUGUUGUCGUGCGCAGUAAGCCGGAGUUCACGCUCCGACCUCAGGACAAGACUGUUGACCCUGAUACGGACGUGGAGCUGAAGUGCUCGGCACGUGGAAGCCCCACCCCCUCCAUCGUGUGGGAGGUGGACGGAAGCCGGAUCUCGGGGCAGAAUGGCGAGCUGAUCAUCAGGGGCAUCCAGAGAUCCGGGAAUUACAGCUGCAUCGCGGACAGCAACAUGGGGCGUGUGCAAGCUUACGCCUAUGUCACCGUCAGAUUGCUACCGUUCGCACCCUCCAGACCGAACGCCGCCUCGAUCACAUCUGACGCCAUCAAAAUCACGUGGCAUCCGCGUGGCGCUCACGUUGUGACGUCAUACGAAGUACAAUAUCGAUUGAAAGGCAAAACCGAAUGGCAGGAGAUUACUAACGUGCGCGGUAUGCAGUCACUUGUUGUGAGUGGGCUCAGGCCUUUCUCGUCAUACGAGUUCCGCGUGUUCGCUGUGAACAGCCUGGGACGGAGUCGGCCGAGCCUUAUGGCCGAGUACACUACGUCUGAGACAAAACCUGGUUCCGCGCCUCGUAAUAUUGAAGCCAUGGGAGUAUCGGAUACGUCUUUUAAAGCUGGCUGGCUUCCACCAAUCAGCGCCAAUGGUCGCAUCCGGGGCUACAGGCUGUACUACUCGCUUGACCUAUUGGAGGAUAUCAGUCAGUGGCGAUUCAUGGCUUCGUCGACGAACUCCACUACGGUAACCGGGCUAACGAGACAGACAACGCACUUCUUUAGGAUCCUCGCGUAUAACAUCGCGGGCGACGGACCUCUGUCAGAGGUGGUCGCAGUCAAGACCCAAAAAGGAGUUCCAGGCCAACCACGCAGCGUUCAGCUUAGCGUCCUUUCCUCCACCGCCAUCCGUGUCACGUGGUCCCCGCCUCGUUACCCUGGUGACGGCAUAUUCGGCUAUGACGUGUACUAUAACAAGAGCAAGCAGGACAUGGACACUGUGAUCGGGGCGUUCCAGAUGAAUACCAAGGAGAUCAUGGGACUAACGCCCUAUACCGUGUAUAAAGUCGCGGUCGCCGCAAAGUCGGACAAGGGUGUCGGUCCGAUGUCUUUUGUGCUGACUGCCCGGACGGAUGAAGAUCGUCCAAGCGACGCACCUCAGAAUAUUCAAGGUCGUAGCCGUGACUCGACAACCCUGGAGAUUAGCUGGGACCCCCCUCGUCCCGAACACCGCAAUGGUCUCAUCACUCACUUCACUAUCAAGUACCGGGCGAAGGGUCAACGGGGCGCAAAGUACCUGACCGUUGACGCUACCAAGACCUCAGUGGUGCUGCACAACCUGGACAAGUUCACGAAUUACUUCAUCUGGGUACAGGCGAGCACCAAGCAGGGUGACGGCCCAUUCAGCGACAAGCACACCGUCUCCACGGCGGAAGACGUGCCUAACGGUGCCCCACGCGACGUGCGAAUCCGUGUCCACAACUCGACUACCAUGACAGUCAAAUGGAACCCUCCCACCACCAAGCAGGAUGGCAAAAUUCUUGGUUACAUGGUGUUCUACACGCGCGUGGACGACCAGGGAAACCAACUGAGACCACCCGCUCAACCGGAGAGUAAGGACUCCAUGUCAGAAGAGAACCACAAAGUCCACCUGACUGGCCUAGCGCCCGAGACCACCUAUCAGAUCGAGGUCGCCGCCUACACCAUCAAGGGUGACGGAGCUCGAAGCGUUACACGACUCGCCAAGACCAUGGCUCAGAGUCCAGACCCGCCCUUCGUGUACCUUGAACGAGCGAGCGGAGACCCCAUCUCGGACGUGACCCUUGCCUGGCGCACGUCUGCUACUGGUGUUAUUGAAUACAAGGUGCGGUACGCCAAGUCUGUCAGACGGCUGCGAGGGAGAGAUCAGGGAAAUCUGAAGAUGAAAGAGAUCAAGUUCAAGUCACACACGACCAAGCAAAAGUUCCAGUCGCUAGCAAAUGGAAUCUGGUACCUCUUCAAUGUCUCUCUUCGAACUAAAGCCGGCUGGUCCCCCGAGACGUCCAGAUGGAUCGAGAUCCCGCCAGGACCCCCCUCGGGACCGCCGCUGAAUGUUCGCGCCGUCGCCGUUUCGUCAACAAGUGUAGAGGUCACGUGGUCUGCCCCUGACAUUUGGAAUAGGGGUGGUCCCAUCCUGGGCUACUCUGUGAUGUAUAACCCAGCCAACAAGCGCGGUGACGUGACGGUGAAGAAUGUGACCAGCCCGAACAUCUUUAAGGUCGUGCUCAAGAGACUCAAGAAGUUCCGCGAGUACGAGGUGCGCGUGCGCGCCAUAGGCAUGCUGGGAAUGGGCCCCGCUAGUGAGCCCUUUAUCGACCGGACGAAGGAGGAUGUACCAAGUCAGCCUCUUAAUGUUGGCGCGGUUGCUCAGGGCUCGUCUACGAUCCGAGUCACGUGGCAUCGCCCUAGACAUCCGAACGGCAUCAUUACGGGUUAUACCGUCAUCUAUACCACCAAUCCUAAACUCAAUAAAAACCAGUGGAGCGCCAAACGCGCCCUUGGUCGUUCUACUAGUCUGGAGGGGCUUUCGCGCGGCACGGAGUACUGGAUACGAGUGGCCGGGACCACUGACCCUAUACUGGGGAUUGGGGAUUACUCCAAGGUCAUAUCUGUCAAGACUCUUAUGUACGAUUUGCCUGGAGAGUGCCGUGACGUUCGGCCGCGCACGGUGGGUAGUGAUUGGGUCAUACUGGAGUGGCUUCCCCCAAGGAUCGACGCUGGGAUCGUAUCUUACAAGAUCUCCUAUUAUGGCUCCAAGUCAUUCAAGCAGAAUGGUAAGGACACUCCCCUGACCCACGCGGACGAAGUACGGGUGGACGCUCUGACUGCAGAUGUGCAGACUUUCAAGGUGCAAGGGCUUGUCCCUCACAUGAAGUACACCGUUAGUCUGUCGGCGUCUAAUGCAAUGGGCGAAGGGCCGCGCGCGGAGCUCAGUAUUAGUACCAAGAAGGGCAAGCCGCCGGCGCUGGCUAAGCCUACCAUGCUGAGGGACGAGAUGAACAACGGGCUUAUCCCAGUCGAGCUGCACAGAGCUAGCGAGAAAAACGGACCUAUAAGCUACUACCUCGUGGUAGUGGUACCCUUAGACAAGGACGGAAAGUACCCGCAAGGAUCAAACCCAGAUGAGUAUUUCAAGAAAGUUCGUCGUAGCGCACGUGAAGCCGGCCAAGUGAAGCCCUACAUUGCCGCGAAAUUCCUCGCAGAUCAGCUUCCCAAGAAGUUCCUAGUUGGAGAUGAGGGUUUUAAGAACCAGUAUGGUUACUAUAACAAGAGACUGGUCGCUAACAGCUACUACACCGUGUUCAGCAGAGCUUAUGUGCAGACAGACGACGGGGACUUUGUCUACACAUCAAGUCCCUUCACAGACCCUGUGCUUAUUACAGCUCCACCCAGUGCAGCUGGUCUGUCCGGAGGAGGCAAGGGCGGGCUCAACCUUGCAUAUGUUAUCAUCCCUGUUGUGCUGCUCCUAGUGAUAGUGACGGUCAUCGUGCUCGCGGUACUCUACGUCAUGAGAAUGCGUCGGCGUAGGCGCAGUAAGAAGGAGUCCAAGUGUAAGGACGAGGAGAAGUCUGAGCCGAGUGAUCCCGUGGAGAUGCGCAGACUCAACUUCCAGACACCCGCCAUGAUCGACCAUCCGCCAAUCAGCGUGCUGGAUUUACCCAAGCAUAUCGCUAUACUCAAGGCUGAUAACAACAGCCAGUUCACGCAAGAGUACGAGUCGAUAGAGCCUGGCCAGACGUUUACUGCAGAUUCAUCACAAAUGGAAUGCAACAAGGGAAAGAACCGCUAUCCUAACAUCCAUGCAUAUGACCACUCGCGAGUACGUCUUUCCUACAUAAAUGGAAUCGAGGGCUCAGAUUACAUCAAUGCCAACUUUUGCGAUGGAUAUCGCAAGGAGAGAGCAUACAUCGCAACACAAGGCCCCAUGCAGCACACGGCCGCCGAUUUCUGGCGUAUGGUAUGGGAGCAGCGUACAUUCACGAUAGUGAUGCUGACCAGAGAAGAGGAGCGCGGGCGCGUCAAGUGUGAUCAGUACUGGCCCACGGACGGCACUGACGUGUAUGAAGGUAUCGAGGUGUCAUUGGUAGACUGGGUUGAGCUUGCUAACUACACGAUAUCCACGUUACAGAUAUGCAAGGAGGGGGCUUCUCAGCCGCGUGAAGUCAAACACUUCCAGUUCACAGGCUGGCCGGAUCACGGUGUUCCUGCACAUCCGACGCCAUUCCUAGCUUUCCUAAGACGAGUAAAGUUUUAUAACCCUCCCGAUGCCGGACCAAUUGUCGUUCACUGCAGUGCUGGUGUGGGUCGCACCGGAUGUUUCAUCGUCAUAGACUCCAUGCUUGAGCGGCUCAGGCACGAGGAGACUGUGGACAUAUACGGUCACGUGACGGUACUCAGGACACAGCGGAACUACAUGGUUCAGACCCAGGAACAGUACAUCUUCUCCCAUGAUGCCAUCUUGGAGGCUGUGUCAUGCGGAAACACGGAGGUCCACGCGCGCAACCUUCUCCAUCAUAUCAAAAAGCUGACCGAGCUGGGCAAGGGCGAGGUCACGGGCCUCGAAGAAGAAUUUAAGAGUUUAGUCGAUCCAAGUCAAGCCAAGAAACACAAGUACGGCGCUGCCACGCUAGCGAUCAACAGACCCAAGAACAGAUUAGCCAACAUCCUACCAUAUGAGACGACUAGAGUACACAUAUCCCCCGUGAGAGGAGUAGAGGGCUCGGACUACAUUAACGCCAGCUUUAUUGAUGGUUACCGGCAGCGCGGGCUUUUCAUCGCUACCCAAGGUCCUUUGCAAGACACCGUCGAUGAUUUCUGGCGCAUGUUGAUGGAACAGAACUCGAAUAUCAUAGUUAUGCUGACGCAAUUGCACGAGGGCGAAUGGGAAAAGUGCUAUAAGUACUGGCCUACGGACCGCUCGGCGCGCCAUCAGUACUACAUCGUGGACCCGAUAGCGGAGCAUGAAUACCCGCAAUUUGUCAUCCGGGACUUCAAGGUCAAGGAUGCAAGGAGUGAUACCGUACGGAACAUCAAGCAGUUCCAUUUCUUGGGCUGGCCUGAGACAGGCGUACCUAAGUCCGGGGAAGGGAUCAUUGAUCUGAUUGGUCAAGUCCAGCGGGCAUAUGAGCAGCAAGAAGAAGAAGGACCAAUCACAGUCCACUGCAGUGAUGGUGUGGGCCGAACGGGCGUUUUCACUGCUCUUUUCAUCGUGUUGGAGCGGAUGCGAUCAGAAGGCGUUGUAGAUCUUUUCCAGACCGUGAAAUUACUGCGGACACAAAGGCCCGCCAUGGUUCAGUCACAGGAACAAUACCUGUUUUGCUACAAGACCGCGCUCGAAUACCUCGGCUCGUUUGAUCACUAUGCCAUUUGAGCAACCUCGCAACCACUCAAGAGGGCUGUGGUGUAAAGAAAAAGUUCAUGUUGAGAUGUGAUGCGCCGCGUGUCGCCUCGAGAUGCUGCGUGUACGCUGCGCGUGGGCUAAUGGAAUUAUUAUGAACUCAGAGAAGUCGCGUGUACGGGUAACUCGUGCACGGCUUGACAUGAGAUAAACUUGAAAUGCGGCGUUCAUGGACUAAAAUGCUCCGUUCAGAUAAACCAGUGCUGCAUAAAGAAUAGUCAUGGGUAAAAAGUUAAGGCUGGAUAUCUAGCUCUCAUGGAUUGGGCAGGCUGUCAUAGACAUGUAGCCUUGGAUGAUAAACCGACCAAUGAAUCUACGUAAAUGCAGCAUUGAACUAGCAAUGAUGUCCGUCGCUAAGGGAGCAUUAUAUGACUAUAGAAAAUUCCUGCAGUGGGACAAAGUUAUUCCACUCGACAGUACUUAGAACAGUGAAUUUCAAUUUGUGAUUUUGUGUAUAAUAGACAUUUUAUUCCACGUUAUUUCAAUCAAGGAGAUAUACUAAUUUGAGAAAUAGAGUUAGCAAAGUUGACAAGCUUUAUAAUGAGGUAGGAAACCUUGGAUCUCCUGCAUUCCUCCAUUUGUCCUUAACCAUACUUCUGUUAUGGGGGUUCCUUUUAAAAAAACGUACGUCGCCUUUCUUGGGAAUAAAAUUCUCUAUAGACAAACCUUGAAAAACAUUUUUUUCACUAUCAUACAUUAACAAUUGUUGGGAAAUUGUGUAGGUAUUCAGUAUUAUAAUUGCAUAUUGCCAGAUUAGCUUGCCUAGGCUCGGUAAGGUAGUAUUAAAUGAUAUGAAUCUAUUUUUAUACUUAGUGUGAUAUAGAAAUCCUCUGUAAUCGUAACAGGUAAUCUUGUUUAUUUUUAUACCAGCUCCAAAAUUGAGCUUUCAACAAAUUAAUCUUAAGGCAUUGAGAAGGGAGGUAUUUAAUUAAAUGGGUAUUUUUAGACCGAAAUAUGACAAUUCAGGGCUAUUGAUGCUUGAACUAGUAACAGUAUGGCAAUACGUUUUAAGGCUUCAGAACGCUUUGUACAAUUGCUGGGCUGUAGUUGCAAAUGCCAAACCGAAAAGUGCUGACUAUUCAAGACUUUGAGGACCUUUAAAGAUCUUGAAUGAAAAUUUAUGAUAACCAAUAAUGUGUACAUAUUUUUUAAUAAGAAGUUUUUAUUUUUGAAUGCAUGUUUUCGUACGUUUGUAUGGAGAGAAUUUUAUAAAAAUCGAGACGUCAAAAUCUGACACAGUAGUGCAGAGAACAAGAAAUAAAACCGAAGUAUAAUAA